AUGAUUCUGCAGUUUGCAACAGGAACCAAAAUCAAAAUGAAAACUAUCGUGUUGGCGAUGUUCGUGGCCGUGGCUCUGGCUGACAGGCCGUCUUUCUCCUACGACGCCCCUGCAUCCCGCCCAUCCGGCCCCGUCAGACUGGUCGAAAUCAUCCGCGACGAUCGAAUCCAUCCUGCUGCUGACGGAUCUUACACCUUCGACGUCGAGACCGAGGACGGCAUCGUCAGGCACGAGGCUGGUGGCCCAGGAGGUGCUCAGCAAGGCUCAGUCAGCUUCACCUUCCCGGACGGCCAAGUGUUCGACCUCCAGUUCGUCGCCGACGCCAACGUUUACCAGCCUCAGUCGCCCUUCCUGCCCGUGGAUCCUGCCUUCCCCCACCCCAUUCCCGCCCACGCCAAUGAGGACAACCUAGCAUGA